GCAACUUCACCUUGCGACUUCCCCCUCCACCCCGCAAUGGCUGCCGCAACGACAAACAGCGACGCGUCGCACGCGCCUAUUGAAGUCGCCUUUCCGCUACCAAAAGCGCCGCAUACCAACAUCCACCUUCAGCUUACCGAUAAUGGCCCAAGCCUGCUGCUCUUCCUCACUACUGCUACGCCCGAGUCUGCAUCGUCCACACCGAUGGGCUCUUUCGUGUAUGCCAUGCCAAAUAAGAGCACGCCCGCCGAAACGCUUAGUACACCCCUCUUCACCCACGGCAGUACCCUAGACUUCACGACUCGCUUGGCAAAAGUGCUUGCGCGCAAGACGGGGAAACCGGUAUAUGUGGGAAACUCGUCGAGCUUUGCGAGCGCGGGUAUGGGCGGGACCGUUGAGGAAGAGAUGGAGGGUUUCCGCAGGGUUGUGGAGGUUGUCAUGAGUCUUUUGAACAAGGAGAAGAAAUAGACACGGAACUCCAUUACGCCAGGGGAUAAAAUGUGGUAUGCAUACGUAUGGAAUGCCGAAAACAUGCUAUAUGAUUUGCGAUAUAUGUCAGGGAUCAAUGUCACUCCUCAUCGACCCAUCCAUA